AUGAGCAGUGCAACUUUUGGCCUGCGUUCAACCGGUGCGACAGAAUGGAGUAGCGACGUGGAACAGUGCGGCUCAGCAGUCAGUCCUGGAUCUGUGUCCAGUCAGUCCCUAACAACCAAUACCAGCACCAUGCUAGCGGCACCAGGAGCUGGAGCAGUAGCUCUUCCUGAAAAUAACGAGGCUGCAAGCAGCACUCAUCCCCGAUCAUUUUCAUCCAUCGAUUUUGCCGGUCUCAGUGGUGUCACGCUGCUUGCGGAUUUAGCCCAUCAUCACCAUCGUCAUAUUCUACAAACCGCUGAAUAA